GGGGGAUCACACGAUUGAACACAUGUUCUGUAAGCUGCUGAACGAUAGGACAGUGGGAAUACUGGAGAAGGAACAUAGCAUUAGUGAGGGCCAGGCAGAUUUCCGAAAGAAGACGGGGUGCGUAGACCACGUAUUCACAGUAGGGAGAAUCAUCCAAGGUAGAAAGAGGGCGGGAAAGCCGACGGACUGCCUUUUCCUGGACGUGAAAAAGGCAUACGACACCGUGUGGAGAAAUGGGUUGUGGAAACAACUGUCCAAGUACGGGAUCAAGGGGAAAAUGUGGAGAGUGCUGAAGAUGAUGACAAGAGUAUUCUUCGACAUUGAGCGAGGGGUCCCACAAGGUUGCACGCUGUCCCCAACAUUGUUCCAGGUGUUCAUCAACGAUCUGUUGGAAGUCGUAGAGGCAGUCCGGAAGGGAGUAAAAGUAGGGGGCACGGAAACGUCGGUUUCAGGAAUGCUGUUUGCGGAUGAAUUUGUCGGAAUGUCGGACACCCCUGAGGGGCUGCAACUGCAAAUUGACGCGGCGAAGGAGUUUACUGAUAGGUGGAGAUUGUCUGCCAGCGUUAAGAAGAGUGCCGUCAUGAGCGUAAUCGUACCGCCGCUAGAGUACGCCGGAGAAGUAUGGGAAGGAAAUAAGAAGGUAGUGAAAGAACUCGAGGCGGCGGCGCAGAUGAAAGCAGCGAAAAUCAUCCUUGGAUGCUCCAAGCGCACAAGAAGAGACGCAAGGAAGCUGACAUGGCAGUUUCGCAUGUGCGGGAUGGGAGAGGAGAGGUUGCCGAGAAUAGUAUUGGAGGCGAAGUGGGCAAACGAUAAGAGGAGUAGACAACCCACGGAAUGGGUCAAGGUUGUAGAGGACGUAUGGAAGGGGUUCGACAUCGACGAAGAUGAAACGCUGGAAACGGAGGGUCUAAAGGGGUUCAAGGAGAAGAUACCUGUUGGUUGUGCCGAGAGAGAAGAACAGAAUCCAAGGAAAGAAUCCGAGGAUAAAGAGGGACUAGAAGUGUACGGAAUGUUGAAGGAAGGAAUAGGGUUCAAGGAUUACCUACAUGAACCAACGGAUGCAAGGACAAAGCUUAAGGUCAAAUUCAGGACCGGGGACAUAGGCCUUCGAGAACGUCGACGAAGACAUAGGACGGUAGACGACGAAGACGACGAGUUCAAAUGUGAUUGCGGCUUCGAAUGCGAAGACCGUGUUCAUGUAGUCGCGGAAUGUCCGUUGUACAAGAAGGAGAGGGAAGUGUACGUGACUGAGCUGGGAAAAAUAGAUGNGACGUCAGUUGUACGACGAGGAGAGGGAAGUGACGGUAGCUGUACUGGGGAGUAGGAAGUGGUUUGAAAAGGCGGGA